AUAAACCUAAUCAUUCAUCAAUUUUCACUCACCCAAUCGCUGACAAAUAUGUGAAACUGAUCAUCUCUGGCACUCUCUCUCUCUGCUGCAAACUAUUGCAAAAUGAGCACAACACGUACUGGGUUUUUGUCAUAGUUCAACGAUUUGUUUGCAGUUCACAUGCUCAGAGUUCUGGCCUUGAACUGUCAAGCAAGGUCCAAGAAGAGCACCACCAAAGUGAAAUUUUGAGAAACUAGCUAGGGGAAAGAAAUUAUUAAGAUGCUUGAGACCGUGAAAUAUCUCAUUGGCACCGUCGGAGAGAGCGGCUACGGCUCCAAGUCCACCGCCGACCAAGUUACUGAGAGCUGCCCCGAUCUGCGCUCCAUCACGGCCAUCAUCACAGGCUCUACGUCUGGGAUCGGAGCCGAGACGGCUCGUGUUCUGGCCAAGCGAGGGGCGAGGCUGGUCCUCCCGGCGCGAAACCUCGAGGCUGCCGAGGAAGUCAAGGCCCGUAUCGUGUCGGAAUGUCCCGAGUCCGAGAUCGUUGUCAUGUCUCUCGAUCUUAGCUCUCUUGGUUCUGUCCGAAACUUUGUCUCGGGGUUUGAGUCCCUCGAUUUGCCUCUCAAUCUCCUCGUAAACAACGCAGGCAAGUUUGCUCACGAGCACGCAAUUUCUGAAGACGGAAUCGAAAUUACAUUCGCCACAAAUUAUUUAGGUCAUUUUCUGUUGACAAAGCUGUUGCUGAACAGGAUGAUUGAGACGGCGAAGAAUACCGGCGUUCAAGGCCGGAUAGUGAACGUGUCCUCGGGCAUUCACGGCUGGUUUUCCGGUGACACGAUCGGAUAUCUUGGCCUGCUAACCCGAAACAAAAGCCGUUACGACGCGACACGUGCUUAUGCGCUCUCGAAGCUCGCCAACGUUUUGCACACCAAGGAACUUGCUCGGAGACUGGAGAAAAUGGAGGCCAACGUGACAGUGAAUUGUGUUCAUCCUGGAAUAGCGAGAACCAGACUUACUAGAGAACUUGAAGGCAGCCUUUUCACAGAUUUGAGUUUCUUCUUGGCUUCGAAGCUCCUGAAGACAAUUCCUCAGGCUGCUGCUACUGCUUGUUACGUUGGGACUCAUCCGACGCUACUAAACGUGUCCGGGAAGUACUUUGUGGACUGCAACGAAGCUUCCACGUCGGAACUGGGAUCCAACUCAGCCGAAGCUGAACGGCUAUGGUCUGCUUCUGAAAUCAUGGUUUCUAAAGACCCAAAAGCAGUUUUUGAUCAACGUCUUAGUUUAAAAAAAGAUAAAAGUAGAGACGAUGCAUGAUCAUUAA